GAGAAAUCAGUUGUUGUUGUUUCAAGCAUCACAAGCUACAUCCUCUAAAAUCAGCAUCCAGGGGAGUUUACACAUUUAUUAGUGACAUCUUCAAAGUGGUACGUUAAAACAAACAUCGACUGUUCUUACUGCAGGUCUGAAAACACAUUGUAGCAGGUAACUCCUCGGUUUAGUCUCUCUGGGACACACACACAAAUAAUCACUCUCAAUUGUGUUUUUUUUUUCAAUUGUGGAAACAUUAAACAGCCACUAGAACAUAAAAAACGUGUUAGUGGAGGUUUCAUCUUAACAUUCGCGUCCCUAUUUGCUACUGCUGUGUGCUGGAAAACUGAGGAAACAAACAACAACAAAAAACACCUGGAAAAUUAUUAAUAUUAAAUGUAGCGUUGCCAUAUGUAUAAGAGUUUAGCGCUUUCUCCCAAAGAGUAGAGAAAAAGAGAAAAAGAGUGUGGUGUUUUUUACAACGCUCCCGUUUAGUUGCUACACCACCCACAGCCUUUGAAAGCAGCACUACCUAGUCUCAACCUAUAAGGGACACUGCGCAUGCUCGGAACAUCCACCAGACGGUCGGGAGCAGCGAGAAACCGCUGCAGAGGAGGUGUCGGUGUGUAGAAAAAUCCUCUUUCUACCGCAUUUCGGCGGCGCAAAUGUCCGGAAUGAGCAGUCAGGAGUUUGUGACUCCGCAGGAUGUCUGCCCUCUUCCUCCUCCUCCUCCUCCCCCUGCGCUGCUCUGGCUAGGAGGAGGGGGUAUACCUUGAGGAGGAGGCGGAUGAGGAGGAGGAGGAGGAGGGAGUGGGGGUGGAUGCAGCCUUAUCAAUAGCAGGUUGCCUCUGAUGAUCCAGUUCAAACUAGUUCUGCUUUACAUAUGAGACUGCGGCUCUGAGUGCUUCUACAUUUCUACAAAGAGCUGAGGGAGAAAGAAAAAACAAAAACGCUUCCAAAUGUCCAGACUUCUUCAGAACAUUUUAAACUAACAUGUAUUUGGUUGUGCUGCACCCAAAUGUAUCCAGCAUUAUCACCUUUCUCUUAUUUGAUGAGGGUGAAACUAAAAUGUUAUGUAACUCGCUCGUCAAGCUGCACUCAUAAAGGUGUAAAUAAUGCAAACGAAAACUUGGUCCGUGACGGUUUCAUUUGGGAUGAUAACAGUCAUUCACGGGGGAGUGUUUGGGCGACAACAAAGGACCAGAUCAAGCGUCGUCAUCUACCGCUGGCGCGGCGCGGCCGCGCGUAAAAGCCAGUAAAUGUCGACGCCUUUGCUCAGUGCGCGACGAGUCGCCAGCAGAUAGGGCUAAUGGGAGGUUUCAAAUGCGCAGUAAGGCGAGAUUUAAUCUCCAUGUUGGGAGUGAUGUAUGACAGGAACCGGGUGACAAAGCGGAGGGAAGCCGUGGAGGAAUCACUGCAGUGCAGCAGAGCUGUCAGUCAACCGGCAGAGGAGGCUGCACGCAGCACCAGACACCAGCGAGCAGCGGCUCAGUUUGAGCCUCCGCGGUGCCGGUUUAUUGUCGAAUCAUCGGGAUGUGACUGUAUCCUCUGAUAUCAGCCUCUUCUCCAUCCAAUCAGACAAUUUUAUCUGCGCAACAACGCACAUGUCUGCCAUUAUUUUAGAUUUAUGAGCUCUGCUAACUCAGCUUGAGCCAAUCCCAGUGGUUAAACUCGCUUAUCACGACCAUACACGCUCUAAUUUUUUUUUUAUUAUUAUUAUUUGUAAACGACCCGUCCUGAUGCUAAGUCUUCCUCCUGUUUGACGCAUCCCCGCAUUACCUUGCGCCUUUUGUCCCGCACAUUGCAUCCUCCCAGCCACAAACAAACCGGGGAUCCUCACCACUGUAAGACAUUGGGAAGACAAACCUGCUCAGAAACAACCUCCCCACGCAAACUCCCGUCCACACGGGCCCCACUUUCUCAAAAUACACACUCCGCCGGCACACAUACAUACAUACACAAGCCGGUUCAGACGCAGAGAGAGAGGGAGAGAGAGAGAGAGAGAGAGGGAGCGGUGAGCCUGUCUCUCCCUCCUCCCUCGUCCACCAGCAUCUAGCGACGCAGCGCUUCCACCAAUCUGCGCGGCGAGAGGACCACCCCAACCCCUGAACCCGAAUCUACCCGCCCUGCUCGCUUAUAAAUACCGCCUGGAUCACACCGGCGAGUCUUGGUCUUCAGAAACGCUCAGGGUUGCAGCAGAACAUCCCCCUUUCGUCUUAUCCCCCCUCAUCGUUUCGCUGUUUUUUAAGGAAAUCUCACGCAUCACCCAUUUUCACUCUUCAUCCUCUCCCCCCCUUCCCCUCCUGUUUUUUUCUUUUUUCUUUUCCGAACUGUAGUGGGGUUUUUCCGCGGCCAGUUGCAUGCAUUUUUCGUCUCCCAAAAUGGUUUGCGAGACUAAAAUUGUUGCGGACGAACACGAUGCUAUACCUGGGACGAAAAAGGAGGCGAUCAUGUGGAGCUCUCCUCCGUCCAGCGCGGCUCUAAACCCCGCGGAAGCCAAGGAUGCGAGGAAAGAUGCGGUUUUUAUCCGAGAGUUCGAGCGCGGGGAUCAGGAGGAGGUGCGGCGCAUCUUUUACGAGGGUAUUAUGGAGAGGAUACCCAACACGGCGUUUAGGGGGCUCAGACAGCAGCCGAAGACCCAGUUUAUAUAUGCUCUUCUGACAGUAAUGUGCUUUUUCGUGACCAAAUCCGUCACGCUGACCUGCUGUGCGCCCUUCAUUCUCAUGGGCGCGCGCUACUACUACAGCAGGAAAGUUAUCCAGAGUUAUCUGGACUGUGCUCUGCACACGGACAUGGCUGACAUAGAGGCUUAUUACAUGAAACCCACAGGUUCCUGUUUCUGGGUGGCGGUGCUUGAUGGACGGGUGGUGGGCAUCGUGGCGGCGCAGGGCCGUGAGGAUGACAACACGGUCGAGCUGCGGCGCAUGUCGGUGGACUCCCACUACCGCGGCAAAGGCAUCGCAAAGGCACUCGGUCGUCGCGUCCUGGAGUUCGCCGUGCGCAACAACUACGCCGCCGUGGUCCUCGGCACUACGGCCGUCAAGUUGGCCGCCCACAAGCUGUACGAGUCACUGGGCUUCCGCAGAACGGGCCGGAGCGAGGACUACAGGCUACCCGGGAUGAGCCGCUCGCCGCUGGAGAGGCUCUUCUUCCAGAUCCGCUAUAGCCGCUACCGCCUGCAGCUUCGUGAGGAGUGAGAGGUGACAGGGAGAGGGAGAGAGAGAGAUGGAGAGGGGGAGAUGGAGAAAGAGAGGGACAGAGAGAGAGAGAGAGAGAGAGAGCAACAACCCUCCUUCACCUGAGAGCCCCGACAGCAUCCUCUCCUCUGACAGCUUUUAUUUAUUUUGUGUCAUUAGAGAUAACUUUGAGUACUACUUAACACUAUUUCAUCUUAAAGUCACUAACGUUUUUUUUUUUUUAAUUUUAUUUACUAUUCCGCUUUUGUUGCUGUUGUUUUUGUAUUUUACAUUUAAAAAAAAAGAGUUUGUUUCUUUUAUUAAUCUAUUUUUUUGUAUCUUUACCCCUCCCUUUCCACCGUGGGAGAAAAAAAGAAGAAGGCAUUUUUAGAAAAGACGUCCAACUGGUCCCCCCCAACCAGACACCCUCACCAGCCCCUCGAGCUCCAAGACCACGUGACUCGAAUCAAAACUCCCCUUCAUUACUAUUCCUCCUGUUUCCUCCUCCCCCCAAAACCUCAAGCCUUCCCUUCCACGUUCCUUUUAGCAAAACUCAGCCAACGGGGUUUAGAUGAGAGUCAUGUCACUGGGGUUGAACAGAUCAGUGGAUGGGUGGGGAGGGGCAGAUAUCGCUUCCUAAAAAGAAGAAAACACACACACACAAAAAAAAGUGUUUCUUCUGCUACGCAACCUGACGCACUCUCUUUUGUAAAAGUCUUGCAGUGUCAAUAUUUGUGCGUGCGUUGUGGACAGAGUGUGGCCACAAGCAUGCACAAACCAAGCCGUUUGGCCAGUCUCUCAAGACACCAUAUUGAAGCACAGCGAGAGUGUGUUACUGACCCCCACAGUGAGAGAGAAGGAUGACAGGAUGGCUACCGGAAUAUGCACCGUGCGUCCUGGAUGGACAUGAAUCAGCACAGUGCAUCUUCCUCGCGCGCCGUCCUCUUUGCUCUCCUCGCUGAUUGCUUAAUUGGAUCUCUCCUUCCUUUCUGUUGUUUUUUUUUUCUGGAUGAAUCGCUCCUUUUUUUCCCCAGCAGAGUCGUGAAAACGGCCUCUGAUUGGUUGAGGUGAUGGGAGGGUGGAGCUUUCUCGCUGAGGGAUCCCAAGAAAUGAUAUAGCUGCAUUUCAGAGCUUGUGCGCGUGUGUGUGUAUGUGAUUGUUGAGAGUAUGUUGCUGUGUGUGUGUGUGUGUGUGUGUGUGUGUGUGUGUGUGUGUGUGUGUGUGUGUGUGUGUGUGUGUGUUUGCUUGUGUGUGUGUCUCUCUUGAGGAUGUGGUCAGUCAUUAGACCCAGCCUCAACAGACUACGAUGAACCUAUCUAACUAAACAUUAACUCCUUUCUAUGUGUGCUUUAAAAACUGUUUACUGAUUGAAUCGAGAUCAAUUCUGACAUUUUAAAGAUGCGAAUUAGCAAUUUUAUAACUUUAAAGAAAUUACCACGUUUAAAUAUGCAAAUUUUACUGUCAAAACUACGACAAUUACAAAGUAGCUACAGUCAACGCUCCACAUACUUCAUCCAGGUUAUUGGGGAACAACUUGGCUAUGACGUGACUACUAGCAAUACUUGCAAACCUACAGUACAUGACUGAGCACAAAUAGCAAAUAAUUAUUUCAACUACUAUACUGGCAUUAGUAUCCUCUCUCCCUCAUGUAUUUUUACUGUGCACACAGCUGAAAAUCCAUGUAGAGAACGUCAAACUCCUCCCGUUACGCCUCUCUCCAACUCCAUCCUCCGACCAUAUAACCAGCAGUAGAUUAAGCCAUCCACUACUCUGAGCCUAAGUUGUGUCAUCAAAACCAUUUGUAAAAAGCAAAAAUACAAAAAAAAGCACAUAACAUUAAAAAAAAGUAAUAAAAAAAAAUUUAUAAAAAUAAAAUAAUACAAACGUAAUUGUCACAAAGUUAGCACUGACCCUCCCGGCCUUGCUCUCCUCCCCCCAUCGAACUCUUCCUCCCCGCCAUUCACGAAUCUGUCUGCAACCCUGGGCUAGACCAUACACCCUCCUCCAUCCGAACCCCGCGCACCCUCCACCGACCGUCGACCGACCUAUCCUGCACCCGAGGCCUCAUCCAUUCCCCGCCCGCGUCUGCAUGUGCCACAGAGCCUUGCUGCACUGCUUUUAUUAUUCCAUCUGAAGCUUGAUGAACCCACCCUCGACCCCACUCCCACUCUGAUGUCAUCUGGGCAGUGUGACGCACGCCGCCUCUGCGACUGCGGGUGCCGGGGUUGCGCGCGAUGUACGGCUGUACGGGUGUGGCGUAGGGCUGCCCAGACAGCGCGAAGGUGUGUGUGUGUGUGUGUGUGUGUGUGCGUGCGUGCGUGCGUGUUCAGAGUUGGUACUCUCACCGACUGCAGCACUGCCUGGAUGACAUCAUGCCUGCCAGCCAACCAACUGUAGAAUGCAAAAAGCAAUGCAAGUGUGGCAUGCCUCUGUACCCAGUGUGUGUACGGUGCCUGCCCUGGAAAAGUGUAGAAAAAAAAUUGAUGAAAAAAUAUAUAUAUAUAUACUAUAUAUAUACAUACGUAAAAAGAAAAUAAGCUUCUUUUUAAGAUAAACAUAUAAAAGCAAUGUGUGUUUCUUUGGAAAAAAAAUAACUGUUUGCAUGAAACGUGUCUUUGAAUGCAAAUAUAACUUUUAGGGGAGAAACUCCUAGCACAUGGCAUACAGUGGAAGCAUCUUUUUCUUUUUUCUCGUAACGGUUUACGUCGUUUUAAGUUCACUGUAAUACGAGACAAGGGUGAGAAAUUAAUACCAGCCAAAAGCCAGUGCUCACAAAAAAACCUUUCAGCCAACCGUCGUGUAGAACAGGAUGUUAUCCAUCCCUGGCCUGGCUGGAGGACAAGAAGGUUCGAUUGCCUCCUUGAUCGCAGUGGGAAGCAUCAUAGCUUUUCUUCUAUUAGACCAGCUUGUUGUAAGGUUGCUAGAUGCUCUGCAGGACUAAGAUUUACUCUGGGAAUGAUAUAAAACGAAACAACUAUUGUAAAAAUCAUGUAGCUCACUACUUAUAUCGAGUGAAGCCCUUGAGCAAAUUUGUUCCAUGAAGAUAAAAGCGACACAAGUCAAAUGUUUAGACUUGGCUCCAAGUAAUUACUGCGCUUCCUGUCAAGUGUCCUAAAACAUCAAACUUUUCUUUUGCAUCUAAUUUGGAUUAAAUUUGCCACACGUAUGUAAUCCCAUGAAGUCCCAUGGUUCUCAACCUUUCCACCCUUAGCUCCUUUAGUUCAAGCCAUGUGAAACGAGACACUUCGAGAGGAGGUUUAGUCACCGAUGCGUUUAAAGUUAAACAGAGUCGAUCCGACACUUCCCUAAAGUAAAACACAAGGCACAAAAGCACUGAGAGCGUUAAACGACACUGUUUCCAGAUGUUUUCAGUGGCCCAACAUGUGGAGGAUGCCUCACGCCACCUUGAUGCAUCUGCUUUGAACUUGGUUGUUGCUGGAGAGUCAAAACGAGACCGCGUUCUGUGACUGCUUCUGGAGCGGCGGCGGCCACUGGCGUUCGCACAGGCUCCCAGAAACGAUCAGACCGCACCGCGUGUUUCACCUCAAUUGAAAAUCUGAUGUCAGAGCUGUGAAACGUCAGUGGCGCUGAGGAUUCAGAUUUCCUCACAGAAACACCACGGCAGAGGCGGACGUCGUGCGUUAGUUGUCCCCGCCGGCGCCGCGCGACUCAACCAGUCUCGAGCGGUUGAGAGUGAGAGAUGGGUUUUCCUGAGGUGGAUAGCAAACAUGAGAAAACUGUGGGCCUGAUGUUGUGGAAGAAUGUGAAGUCUGUCAAUUCUGAGCCAUUUCUGCUGCUGCCAAUCUCAGUUUUUGCCUGAUGAAAUUUUUUAAAAAGCUCCUAAAUGUAUUUUGGGGGGAGAAUUAUUAUCCACAUUGGUACAUAUUCUGAACAAAGGUAAUAUCAUUAGAAAACGCCUUUGCCAAGGCCUUAUGCACUGGAAUCAAACCCUGGAGUUCAAAUAUCUUGUGGACUGCAUGGCUUAAGGGGUGACUUUGAAUUUAAAGAUGAAGUGCACUGACUAAAAUGCAUUUACUUCUAGUCUGAGCAAUGUCUGUUUUCUACUCCAUGUGAAUGCUAUGCCCUGUGAAGUCUUGCCUCUAUUAAAAACCGGUGUGGCAUACACGAUGUUAGAAUGUAGUGAUUAAACUGUAUGCAACAUCUACCAGAGUGUACAUUUAGUUACACGCCGUUCCUCUGAAAAUGUUCUGCUGAUGUACAAUCCAAAAACAAUCUCACACCUUUUUCUCAAUUUGCUUUUUUUUUUCUUUUUUUUCCCCUGUGAUUUGUUUGAGUGAGCUUUCCUAUUGGUUGAGGUUUGAGGAGGUUUGAGGAGGUAUGCUGCGUUAGCGCCUCUCGCGCUGGAGAAGGCUCUUUUAGUUCAGAGUGCUUUAGAACCCAAAAGUCUGACGUUCGAUCUCUGAUGACCACGGCAGAGGCACAAGCUGAGGCUACUGAAACUUCAACUUGGGCAGUUUUUUUUUGUUUUGUUUUUAAAUUAAGUGGCCACCUUAAGUUCAGACGUAUCAGUCGAGAUCAACAUUUCGUUCAGUUUAUCUACCGGUAAAGGAGCAUAGAAUUCAAACCUGCACAAAUGUACAGAUCCCGUGGGUGUGUUGUGUUACUCGGGUGGAGUGUGUCUUCGCUCAGCAGGGCAAACACUCACAGGCAUGAAUGUAAACUGCCAACAUUUUAUGUUUUAAAUCUUUUUUUUUUUUUUUUACUUUGGGAAUGAGGAAGAAAAAAGGUUAAAAUCAACUGUCGGUUCUUUCAUUAAGUGACUAAACCACUACAUUAGAUGUUAGACAUUUUGUGUGAUUGUAAAUAGCUGUAACUCUACCUACUGCUAAUGUAUUAUUUACUGCGACCUGUCAUCUUUUGCCGGUUUCAACCAAUCCUGACGGAGUUCACUUUUUUUUUUUUUUUUUUGUCUCAGAAAAUGGUUGUCGCCUGGAAUGUUCCACCUAAAGAGGAGGGCGAGGGGCGAGGGAGGAAUGUGCCACAUUGGCAGUUAAAAGAGGGGGUAUGGGGCGGAGGAGGAGGAGGAGGAGGUCUGCAGCAACAGAGCUCCACAGCAUGGACUCCCUCUCUCUCUCUACCUCUGGUGAGGAUUUUUUGCUCGGCUGUAGCAAAUUCAGAAGGACUCACUCUGGACUGAGGCCACAGGUGCCAAGAACACAAAAGCACUUGUAGCACAACUGUGUCUUGUUUUGCUAUGACAGAACAGGUAGUUUUGAUUUUUUUUUUUUUUACAUUUCCUAUGAAGAAUACGGAUAAAGUUUCUCUUUCUCCUGUACUAUCGACUGUAUGUAUUAGAAGCGUAUAUACAGGACGUGAUACCAUCGUGUAUAAUUCACUCUACGGCCCGUGGCUAUUUUUGGAGGUGGAAGUUUGCCAAAGGUGACAGUAACUGCUGCAUUUCUGUUCCUUACAUGCCGAUAUUUUGUUCAACACAAGCCUGCACACUGACUUGUUAUUAUUUGGAAGAAAAAAAAAAUCCCGCCCACGUGCCAUCUAGUCAAGCAAUAAAUACAAACAGAGAAAACCACAAAAUAAUGACAUAUUAUCUACAUGGAUUUUAUUUAAAAUAUGAAAUGCUGCAUUGAUAUUAUAUAUCCCUUUUACUGUAUCAAUUAGUGGCGGUGAUGCCAACACAGUAUUGGCAUUGUAACAUUACCACUCAUUAUAGCGAAGCCUGAAGGGGUGUCUGAUUGUAAAAUGUUUUCGUUUUUUUGUAUUUUUCUUUACAAAAAGGUGUCAAAGAUGUGUUUUUUUUUUUAAAAAAGAAACUCGAAGCUGAAGUACACAGGUGUACCUCUGCAUAUUUGUACAGAUGUCAACAGGAAAUGACAAGAGAGGGGAUGAUGGAUGCUAAAGAGUGAGCAGUUCAAGCAGACAGGAAAAAAAAAAAAAAAAAGAUGGUGCAGCUGCACUCUGGAAGUGCUCUUAACUGUAUUUAACCACAAUCACUUCUGGUUAACUCACACCGCGACACAGAGACACGCACUGCAGCGCCACUUCUGUCUGUGGGACUGGAUCUAAUCGGUUAAAAAAAAAAAACAGCUGUCUAAAUCACAACCAUGUUUCUUACAAGUGGGAUUCAAAGUCUUUUUUUGAAUCUACAAGUUAGUAACUGUAAAGUUGUAAAGUAUAUUUUACUGUAAAUAGCAUCUGGGGGUCAUUUUUACUCCUUUUGUAACUGCAACUGGGGAUUUAAAAUAUAUAAAAGUAUAUUUUAAAAAAAAAUAUUUACAGCAUUAUUACAGAGAUUCUACAGCAGCGCAGGUGUCUUGAUCUGCGCUGCCUCACAGCGAUUCCCACAACGAGUAACAGCAGACACUUUCGCAGGGAACAGUGCACACCAUCUUAGCCCUCGUGUCCGAACGCUAAUGCGUCCAGACACUGCCUUUCUUGUCCCGCCUGUCUGCUUGAACUCUCAAGUCGUCGGGGAGAGCCCAAACGGCGGCGACUCUUGUUGGCUCGUAGCGCACGCCGGCCACGGCCGCGAGCGUCUGCGGCUCUGGACCGAGCUAUCCGGCUAUACAGCGAGCCGCCGCCGCGCAAGUGGCUCUCUCUGCCCUGGAGCCCUGUCAUGGCUGUCGUCUGUUGCCAGGAAACCGACCCGCACAAAGCACAGCAGGGGAUUGAUAUGCAGCCGCACUGUGGGGAGGCAGGCAGGUCAACCAGCCGGCCUUGAUCAAGGAGUAGGAGGAGGGAUUGAUGGAUGGACGAGACGGGAGGGGGCUUUAAAAUGCAACUGAGGGCACUUUCUGCCCGAAGCGUUUGCGGGACCUGUAGGGGAAGGGUGAGGAAUCGGAGAAAAGAGGCUCUUAUAGUCGGGUGGAGAGCAAACACCGCUCGGGGCCCCGCUAGGUUAGAGAGGUUACGUAAAGGCGUGGAAAUGACUCUAAAGAACGCAGGGUUAAAAUUAUAGCCAGUCACGCUGUGGGACACGAUUCUCGUGACCGGUGUCGGGACGAGCACGGGGGUGACUUAGCAGAUUCAGUGAGUCCCAGGAAGGUGAAGGACAGAAAGAGACACUGUAAAACUGCGUAGGCACUGCUGGUUCAACCGGUCGGCCCCCGACCCUCAGUGAGACUGCAGCUCUGGUUUUUAUUGGGGUCUAUUAGCUUUCAGUUCCCUUUCUGCCAUUCUGUUGAGAAACUGCUGUAUUACCACCCGGGAUUACUCUUAUUAUUGUGAUUAACCCUUUCUUUUAUACUGACAACACCUGGAACACUGUAUAGAUGUAAAGAUGGGAUUUCUUGCAUUAUGACGAUGACUGAACCAUGGAUGUACAUAUAUUGUAUCAAUUAAAACGACGAUGCAUUAAGCUUUUA